AUGUCUCGCUUUGAGGAUCUCUCAGGUGAAAUUCUAAUGGCCAUCUUUGAAUAUAUGAACGUUGAAGAUGUCUGGAUUAUCUUUUUCAAUAUGAAUUCACGAUUUAACUCUCUGGUAUUCGAUUCUCGUCUUCGUCUAACUGCUGAUGUGUCGAAAAUUGAUAAAUCCAAUUUCGAUAGUUUUUGUUUAUCAUUAAUCAGUACAAACUUCAGUAAUAUAUUUACUUUGAUACUUUCGAACAAUUAUUAUCGUUAUUCGCAAAUCCAUUCGUUUCUCUCUCGAACCAAUCUUACUGUUUUCCAAUCGUUACACGCACUGACAUUGAUCGACAUCAAUUACAACGAAUUAACCGAAGUGGCCAAACAAAUCAAACAGUUGCCGUUCGUGAAUUAUCUUCAUGUGAAUACACAUGAAAUUUUUCGUGAUAAGGAAUUGUCUAAUGUGACACAUGCACUGUUAAACGAAUCAAAUAUUCGAGUUAUUGUAUUAUAUUUACAUGAAAAAAUCCAAUGGAUCGAAAGUGAAGCGAUAACAUCAUGUAAUGCCGAAGUACUUUCAUUAGACUUCAUCAAUGCCGAUCGUCUAGCAUUACUUUUACCGAACUGCCCAAGCCUUCGUUCACUCACUCUUACACUCGAUCCGCGUUCGAGUGUACCGAAAACAGUUGAUGAAAAUCUCUCUUCCACAUUAACACUGAACACAUUUGCUCACAUAACAUAUCUUCGUUUAUGUUUUCGUCCGUUUGAUGCUUCCGCGCUCGACCGCUUGCUGAGUUCCGUUCCAUCGGUAAGACGCUUCUCAAUUGAAACUCUCGUUUACAACACCGAUUACAUUCGUUCGCCCUUCUGGACAACACUCUUACAAACUCAACUACCAUUAUUAGAACGAAUACGUCUCGUUGUGCGUGGUUGGUUCGUUUUGAAAUCAGGCACUAUUUUAUCGAACGAAAAGUUCGAUGAUUCGAGCGUAGUCGAUAGCUAUCGAUUUCUAUUCGUAUACCGCCGUAUUACAAAUUCGAUAAGCAUUUGA